AGAUAAGUCUGAUGUCGUAACAGUAGAGCAGUAGUUUCAUGAGAAAAGGGAAUACCCCUCAGUCUCUUCCAACAGUUCAUGGGCACACGCUCAGAAGAGGCGACAAUGCGCAAGUGUUCGGCUGCCUUUUAUUCCACUUUUGGUUUUCUGUUUCUCUUCACAUCUAUUCCUAAAGAGGUAACAGGGAAGUGUGACUGCAAGAACUUGGGCUUAUUCAAAAGAAAUUGUAACAACACAGAAGGAAUCCGUGAUUUUACCUGCUUUAUAAGGUAUAAAAAGAAUUAUCGAAAGUACUUCUGUGAUUGGAAACCUGGAAGAGACAAUUUAACAUCAUACACACUCUACACACAUCAGAGGACAUGCAGUUGUGUGACUGUAAAUCAGAAGUUGAGAAUCAAUAACUCGAUUGUGACCUCAGAUGGAUUUUCUGUGAUAAAUGGAUACAAUAUGACAGCUCACGUUAUUGCAACAAGUGAGGAUCAGAAGAGCUGCACCUACAAAGAGUUCAGUGGUACUCCGUCACAGAUGACACGGUGUGGUCCUCCAAGUCCAACUUUCAAAAGAAGCUCAGGUCAUCUCUUUGUUGAGGCGCACUGGGGCGAUGAGAGCAGUUAUGUCAAACAAUUCUCUGUAAGGUUCAGAGAGUUCAGCACUACAUGGUGGAACGAGCAAAUAUCUGAAAACAACAGGGAAUGUGUUGUGAGUAAUCUGACAGCUUCUCGUUCUUAUGAGAUGCAAAUACGUUGCGCUCGCACCUCAGAGUGCUCACAGUGUCUUCUCGGUAAGGUCAUCACUGUCCCACAGGAACUCACAGAUGCACCAUCUAUCCGGCAUGAGAUUCAAGACCACCAACAAUGUAAUUUCAUAUCAGCAGGGCAGAGAAGAGUAAUCGUGAAGUGGGAGUAUGCAAACAGUGAUGCUGUGAAUGACUAUAAUGUGACCGUUUGGAAAGUGUCCGGGGAACGCAGCAAUCAGGAAAAUUACACCACCAAAAAUCUAUCGCUCACACUGGUGCUGUCUUACUCUGCCUACAACAUCAGUGUCAAGGCCCUCAAUACUGCUGGAUCGUCCCCUAUCGCCAGUACAGCCAUCGAGCACAUGGAUGUUUGGAGGGAGUGGUUUGGGUCGUUCAAUGUCAGUAUAAACAGCAACAGCAGUUUCAACCUGUCCUGGAGCAGCUCCAUCUCCAGUGUGUGUUACUCUGUGGAGUGGUGGGCCAAAGGACAGAGACCAGCAUUCCGAUCAUUCUAUGUGAAGGAGACACAUAGAGAAAUAACGAAGAUAUCCGAGAGUGUUUUUCAGCCCUAUAUAAGAUACUACUUCUUCCUGCAUACCAGACCAGACACAGAUACCUGCAACAUGAAGAAUAUGAACAACAGUGAGAAGACCUGCAGCACAGCUCAAGCUUACCUUAUUGAAGGAAAUCCUAUCAUUGCUCCUGGUAAUGUGAGCAUUUUUAAUAUUACCCAGCAUUCCUCAGUAAUCACGUGGUGCCCUGUGUCUGAGGAGGAUCUGCGUGGAUUCUUACAAGGCUACAUUAUCUACUACACAGAAAACAACACUGAAACAUCCAUCAUAGUGGAUCCAAGUCUGAACAGCUAUGAGUUGCUGAACCUUAAAAGCAACAGUGCAUACCAAAUUCAGCUAUCGGCAUUUACAGCGGCUGGGGAAGGCGAGCGCAGCGAUCCCAAACCCUUUGUUACAAACCCACCGGCAUCCACAGCUUUAAACAGCAUUAUAGCCGCAGUCAUCGUGGCAAUAGUCAUCCUUUUGCUGGCUGUUCAUUUCAGCUGUCGACUUCUGCACAGAGCUAAGAAGCUGUUUUGGCCAAGUAUACCAAACCCUGGGAAAAGUAAUGCUGUUCAGAAAAUCGACAUUGGCCAUGAACUGGAUAUUCUGGAGCCUCUGAACAGACAGAGGUUAGAAGAGAGCGAGGGAUGUGAUUCCAGUACAGUGUGUGUCAUUGAGAGCAAGAAAGAUGUGUCUCCUCUCAGCUGCCCUCCAACAUCCCCGCCUGGUGUGAAGCCCUCCCUCCUGAUCCUCAGUGAAGAUGAGGCUAAAACACCCAUCCUGGUGGAGACCACAACCCCAGACACCCCAACACUUGCCCCAAACAAAGAGUCUGUUUCCACAGAGACCUUUUCAAUGGACCUGAAUGAGAAAGACUCUACUUUAAGAGCUUUUACUGACAAUGACAUCACAAGUCCAGAGAGCAAAGACCCUGGAGAUACCAUCUCCAACAUCAUAGGAACAAACUCUGCCCCCGCAGCUUCUGGGAAGCCUGCUGUGGUUUUCAUGAGUGAUUACACCACUAUGGAGUUAUUCCAGCAGGUUGCUAUGGCUGGUAUUAAGGGUCCAUUUGCCCAAACAAGGAGCUCGGGAUUUGUUUCUGGACAUCCAGGGCAGGACUAUGUACGCCAGUCCUGUUUUGAAGGAAAUAAUAACCCAUCAGGAGCAUGUAACGGUACAGACAUCUUGCGCACAAAUAUUGCUGUGCUCUGAGCGUACUUCUUAAAAGUGUAUCAGUACUAUACAGUAGAAAGUGUACACUAAGGACUGCUGACUUUUACAUCUGCCUGACAGUGUCACAUUCAGAAGAUUUCAAGGAUUGUUUCAUGUAAAACAAAAAUGUUAAAAAAAAGUUCAGCUCUGUAGACAGCAUCUAUGGCAUGUUGUUAAUUACCACAAUCAUUUUGGCUUGUCCAUCAUUUUGUAAAACAAAUUGUGUUCACUGUAGUAAACUUUCAAUGGAAGUCAACUUUAUACAAACUUUAUACCUAUAUGGUUAAAUCCCAGAGAUAUGUGGCUCUUGUGUGGCUCCAUGCGGAAAUUGUUUCAGUGGUCAAAAACCAAAUGUGGGUCACAAAGCCAGAUUUUCUUGUCCGACAAAACAAAUAUCUGAAGUACAAAUUAUGUUGAAACUAGAAAUAUACCUUUAUUUCAAUAUCAAGAGUCAAAAAUACACUGUUAUUAAGUAUAAGCGACACGUGGCAAAUCUUCAAAACUCUGUAAUGCAUCUUUACCCAACCGUGUUUGUACUAUUUUCAUAUUAUUCUUUUUCUGCCGUAAAAGUGUGUGGGUGUUAGAGAUCUUAAAUCGUAUAGAUAAACUCAACUUGGUGGCAGAUGCUUAAGACUAAAACAUAAUUACAAGCUCAAAAGUUUGUGUAGACAUGAACUGUGCUUGUUUUUACAAAAUAAUUUCCUGUGGUAAUCGAUAGCAUGCCAAAGAUGUCAAUGAAGUUUAACUGGUUUUGUACCUUAAAAUACAUGACAGUGGAAAGUAUUAUUACACUUAUUACAGGGACAAUCCUCCUGGACAAGAGCUACUUUAGAUGCCUUGUUCAAAGGCACAAUGGUGAUGGCUCAUGGCUCAUUCUUUACUGCUUACUGGCCGUGAGCUGUAGCCACUACACCACACCACCCAAACACAAUGGAACAAGCCACUUGCAUUAGCUGGGAAAAGACCCCGGUUUCCCACAGGUCACACAAGAACUCUACCAGUGAACCACCAAUGCGCACUACAAGAGACCCAAACCCAAACAUCAAUUACACAGUCCCUGAUGUUCCUUAAUCAUUCUGCAACAUGUGUCUACUUCUGUAUUUUCUAAGUAAAUAUAUUUUUACAAUAUAUAAUUUUCUACAUGCAAGUUUGGACACUCAAGCCACACUUCAAAAUGUAUGAAUGGCGUUGCAUUAGUUAAAUAUCAAACCAAGUGGAAUGUUUUUAAAGAAAAAAUAUCACAAAAUGAAUUUUUUUUUUUUUUUUUUGAUGUAAAUGCUUAAACAAGAUAUUUAGUGUUCAAACUGAAGACAAAAAGUAUCUGGACACUUUCUGGUUGUCAGACAUGUGGAUUUGAGGUGUACUGACUUCUUACCUCCACUAAAGUGCAUUACAUUACUGCAUUCAAAAAUGAAAAUUAUCUCAUUAUUUACUCAUCCUCAUGCCAUCCUAGAUGUGUAAGUCUUAUUUAUUUCUGUAGAACACAAGUGAAGAUUUUUAGAAGAAUAUUUCAGCUUUGUAGGUCCAUACAAUACAAGUGAAUGGGUAUAAAAAUGUGUAUGCUCCAAAAAUCACAUUGCCUUUAUGUGCAUAAAAGUAAUCCAUAUGACUCCAGUGGUUAAAUCCACACCUUUAUAAGUCAUAUGAUAGGUGUGGGUGAGAAACAGAUCAAUAUUUAAGUCAAUUUUUGCUAGAAAUUCAUCUCCCUGCCCAGUAGGGGGCGAUAUGCAAGAAGAAUGUGAAUCACCAAAAACACAAGAAGAAGAAUGUGAAAGUUUAAGUGGAGACUGACUGAGCAUGGAGGAUAAUUUAUAGAAAAAAUUGACUUAAAUAUUGAUCUGUUUCUCACCCACACCUAUCAAAACGCUUCUGAAGACAUUGAUAUAACCACUGGAGUCUUAUUGAUUACUUUUAUGCUGACUUUUGUGAUUUUUGGAGCUUCAAAAUGUUGGCACCCAUUCACUUGCAUUUUGAGAACCAAAAGAAAUCCUUCUGAGAUAUUCUUCUAAAAAUCUUCAUUUGUGUUCUGCAGAAGAAAGAAAGUCAUACACAUCUGGGAUGGCAUGAGGGUGAAUAAAUGAGAUAUUUUUGAUUUCUGGGUGAACUAUCCCUUUGCCUUAAGUGUUCAAAUACUUUUGAGGGCCCCUGUAUUUAUUGUAUGCCAUAUUUUACAGUUUUAAAGACCAUUAACUCUGAUAUUGAUAGACUUGAGGAGACUGCCUUUUAAAAGAGGGACAAUUGUCUUAUUGAUGCACCUUGGGGUUCAUUUAACAUUUAGAAAAACACAUGCCACAGUAUCGAAUAUCUCAGAAGUAUAUCCUCUUUAAUGUAAAUGUAUGUUAGACAAAAUCUGUUUUAUACACAUAUACUGUAUAUCUAAACAGAUGCACAAUCACACCGCUCACUAAUCAAUAUACUGUAGUUACUUCCAUCUUAUUCAUAUUAGUUCCUGCUGCUAACAAGUAUAUACUUAUAUAUACCCACUCACUAAAGAAUAACAAAAUAAUAAUAUUCAGAAGCAUAAAGCUUUAAAUUGUCAUUAUUGUGAAUGAGACAGCAGUAACCGUUAACAACUUUACUACCCUCACCAAGGCUUCUUAAUUAAAAAAAAAAAAUAAAAAUAAAAAUAAAAUUUAAACAUUAGAAUAUAUGCCACAAAACAAUACUUGUCUGAAAAUAUCACUGUAGGUCUCUGUUUUCUCAGGUUCAAGCAAAAUACUGCUUAAAAAAUAAAGAUAAAAAUAUGCAUUUUACACAAGCUUUGCUAUGUUGUUUAGGUUACGCACUAGAUAAAUAUUCAUUUUAGACUGAACAAUCAUUUGUUUUUAAAUGUUCAGCCACACAACCUCUGCCGAGGCACUUUAAACAUGCACUGUGCUUCUACACAGCUCUCCAGGAGUGUUAUUCUACACAUAUUUUACUAAUAAUUUUUUUUUUUUUCUUUAGUGAAUAGAAAUGGCAGAAGUUACUUGACAGGUACAAUGGGUGAAUCUCAUGAAAACUGUCAAGAAAUGUCAUCAAAAAAAGUAUAAAGAAAUACAAAUGUUCAGGACCACUACACUCGUUUAUAAAAAAAAAAAAAAAAAUUAUAUUCAAAUUUUAAAGCAAAUUUGUAAAGUAAAAA